CGUACAAGUAGCGACCUGUUCAGUGUGUUCACAGAUUGCGGAAUUGACUAACACAAUUGAUCAUUUGAGUACAUCAUCAGGGUACAGUACUCAUACAUUUCACCAGAAACACAUGAGAGGAAGGAGUUGGAUUUUAAGCUUGUGAUUCAGAUGAGGAGGGCUUGUCCGUUUGGCCCUUGUGGUCAUCCCCUGUUGUGAUGGCGUCUCUCCAUUUUACCACAUUACUUUUCCUCCUCUUUCUCUUCUCUUUUGGUCUUUUACUUGUGACUCAUCUGCCAUCUGUCGCCCCGUCAUUUCCUUAUCCCCAGUCACCUUCAUCACCGUCCUGCGAUCCAGGUCAGUCAUGGGCUGUCCGGCUCCAUGCUGACACACAUCAUGAGGAUCAACAUUCUGAGGAACUUGAUAUAAUUGCAAACCAGGUAGCAAGACAGGCUGGGCUGCGCAACCAGGGCCAGAUUGGACAGUUAGAAGGCCACUACUUACUGUGCUCUUCUCAAGCUGGUGAUAAUGUUUGGAGGAAUAGUCUCCACCCUGGGAAUGUGCUAGCAAGCCACCCUAAUGUCCUUUGGUACUCCCAGGAGCGAGUGCUCAGUCGUUCGAAAAGAUCUAUGGCUUUCAAUGACCCACGAUACCCUAAACAGUGGCACCUGCACAAUGAUGUAAACAAGGGCAUGGACAUCAAUGUGACCGGGAUAUGGGAGCGCAACAUUACUGGCGUGGGAGUUACUGUGGUGGUGGUAGAUGACGGGGUACAACACACCCAUCAAGACCUAAAACCCAAUUAUAGUCCAGAGGGCAGCUAUGAUCUGAACUCCAAUGACCCCGACCCUAUGCCCCACCCAGACGUGCACAGUGACAACCACCAUGGGACUCGAUGUGCCGGCGAGAUCGCUGCUGUUCCAAACAACAGCUUUUGUGCUGUGGGGGUGGCGUAUGGCAGUAAGGUGGCAGGUAUAAGGGUCCUGGACGGCCCACUGACUGAUAGCCUGGAGGCCAUAGCCUUCAACAAACACUAUCAAGUCAACGACAUCUACAGCUGCAGUUGGGGUCCUGAUGAUGAUGGACACACAGUGGAUGGGCCUCAUCCCUUGGGCAAGGCUGCACUUCAGCACGGGGUCAUUGCAGGAAGACGUGGUUUUGGAAGCAUCUUUGUGGUUGCCAGUGGGAAUGGAGGUCAAUUCAAUGAUAAUUGCAACUAUGACGGUUAUGCCAACUCCAUCUAUACCAUCACCAUUGGAGCUGUUGACGAGAAUGGUAGGAUGCCCUUUUACGCUGAAGAGUGUGCAUCCAUGUUGGCUGUUACUUUUAGCAGCGGGGGGAACAAGCUGAGGAGCAUUGUAACAUCGGACUGGUCCAUGCAGCAGGGAAGAGGCUGUACAGAGGGCCACACUGGCACAUCUGCUGCCGCCCCCCUGGCAGCCGGGAUGGUGGCCCUCAUGCUGCAGGUCCGACCCUGCCUCAGCUGGAGGGACGUCCAGCACAUAAUCACCUUCACUGCCACCAAGUGUGACAACAGUUCAGACUGGAGGGAGAACGGAGCAGGUUUCCAUCACAGCCAUCAGCAUGGUUUCGGACUCCUCAAUGCAUGGAAACUCGUUAAUGCAGCCAAGGUGUGGGAGCCAGUGCCAUUUCUUGUGUCCUAUCAAAGCUCAGUAAUAGAGAAGAAAGUGUCCAUUCCAUUAUAUCCCAGGGAGCUGGUUCACACCUGGACAGUCACUGCUGCUGACUUGGCACUGUCCGGGAUGCAGACACUGGAGCAUGUGGCCGUUACCGUGACAAUAAACCACCCUUGUCGUGGCAACCUGGAAAUUGUGUUGUUCUGUCCCAGCGGGAUUCCAUCAGUCAUUGGGGCUCGACGGGCUAUUGACAGAGACUCUGGAGGGUACCGGGACUGGACCUUUUCCACUGUGCGUUGCUGGGGAGAGAGUGCUCACGGCCAGUACCACCUCAAGAUAUCUGACCAUAAGGAACCAUUGUCUCAACAAUGUGCCAACAUGGGGGAGUUAAAGCAGUGGAAGUUGACUCUGUAUGGAUCUUCUAUGACCUUCAAGGAAGUCAAGGACAGACAAAUGUUGGUGGAGGAUGCCAUGAGUGGCAAAUAUCUGGACAGCAGCUUCUCUUUGCCUUGCUCCCCAGGCCUUGAUAUUCCAUCAGAGAUUAUCAGUCCAUUCAGCUCUUGCAGCCUUAGGUUCCUGCUCUUGCUCGGCUGCUUUGCUCUGUUCUCGUCUCUCUACUACAUACUGGAGGCCGCCAUAGCCCACCUGGACCUCAGAAGCCUCAAAUGCCUGUCCUGGAAGGAAACGGGUCACAGAUUCAGGAAAGGUCGUCGAGGGAGAGGAGUGGAGGAGGCAUUGGAUGAAGAGAAUGGAGAGGAAGAGGAGCCGGAGUCUGGAGUAGAACUACAUGCAGUGCUGGACUCUGAGGCCAAAGUGCCACUUAUUAAUGGAGACAUGCUGUCAACAUAACAGAGCUUGGUAGGACAAAAGUGCUCUUUGGCUGUCUCAGGCUUCCAUCCCAACAUCCUCACCCACCCAGGUCACUGGAGUUUGUCUUACCGUGUUGUGUUGAAAGGUCAAGUGGUAAAUUGUGGAUUGAACUGUGAAUGAAGUUCACCGUGGAGCAUCGUGCACCACAUGUGCUUCAAACGUCAGGCCUUCAAUUAACGUCUUUUUCGAGCGGGUGUGUCUGUGCAGCUAACCCUCCCAAAUAUUUGAGAGAAAACCUAAAGGAUUUCAAGGCUCAGUAAAACGAUUUGUGCUACAGAAGAAUGAGCUACUGUUGGUAAGGAAUGUAAUGUAUGCACUUUAUAAAGGUCACAAUCUGAUGUGAGUGAGAGCGUGCGCAUGUGUGUGUGAGAGCGUGCGCACGUGUGUGAGAGCGCGCGCAUGAGUGUGUGUGUGUGUGUCUGCGCGCACGCACGUGCGUGUGUGUGUGUGCGCGCGCAUGCGUGAAGCAAUUGUCAACUCGGUCUUCCUCUGAAGUGGCCUCAAUUUAAAAUUCCACUAUGGUAAAGGCAUAUUUAAGGAAUAACAUUGUAUUUUUGACACAGGAUGAUUUGCAUUUGACAUUAAAGCCCCAGAGUCCUACCUGUGUGUUACAACCAACUACUGAAAAAACUUGACAUUUAAGUUGUGAAAUAUACACAACUACUGUAUAUUUGUAUUGAAGGGUUAUGUAUUGUGGAAUAUUCACAACUAUUUUUAUUGAAGUGUUACAUAUAAAAUAUGCCUUAUACACGGGACACAAUUUGCGCUGCCUGUAAAACAAUUGUUUUUAUACCAAAUGUUUUUCUCUACUGCAGUACAGUGAAAGAGUGGAGUUGCAAGUUGUGUUUUGCUAUGCAAGUCAGAUAAUGUUGAUAAAGGGUGAUUAAAUUUUUUUUUUUUUCUCGUUGUGGAUUCUG